UGCAUAUACAACAAUUGUUGUAUAUGAAUCUGUGAUCUCUGGUUUAAUAUUUUGAUCAUUUUAGACAUUAUAUAAUACGUUAGAUUUUGAACUAAUAUGUCUAUGAUUUUGAUUAUUUUAGCAGGCUUUAAUAGUUAUUCCUAAUUUUAUUUUAUUCAAUAUAAAUUAAUUUCAAAAUGUCCCAUACAGAAAGAGUGGUAAUUUUAGUGGACAUGGAUUGCUUUUAUUGUCAAGUAGAAGAAAAGUUGGAUCCUCGAUUAGAAAGUCUUCCAAUUGCUGUUGUUCAAUAUAAUGCAUGGAGGGGUGGAGGAAUUAUAGCUGUGAAUUAUCCAGCAAGAGAUAAAGGUGUAACGAGGCAUAUGAGAGGUGAAGAUGCAAGAGCUGUUUGUCCUGAAAUUCAGCUGGUGAAAGUCCCUAAUGUUAGAGGAAAAGCAGAUUUAACUAAGUAUAGAGAGGCGGGUAAAAGAGUAGCUGAAGUUUUACAAGCCUUUACUCCUUUACUGCAGAGAGCUUCAGUGGAUGAAGCAUAUUUAGAUAUUACUAAAUUGGUAAAGAAAAGAAUUGAAGAAGAUCCAGAACAGAUAUCUAAAGAUAAAAUGAAAAAUACUCAUAUUGUUGGAUUUAAAACUGAGGAUUUUUUAAUUAAUUCAUACAAAGAUAAAAUAUAUAAUGAUAAAAAUUUUAAUUUGGCAAUGGGAGGAUUAAUUGCAGAAGAAAUUAGAGCUGCUGUUUUGGAGAAAACAGGAUAUAAAUGUUCAGCUGGAAUAGCUCACAACAAAAUUCUAGCAAAGCUAGUUGCGGGUUUGCAUAAACCUAACCAACAGACAAUAAUACCUCAAGAUUCCAUACCUCAAUUAUAUGAAACUUUAUCAAUUAAAAAAAUUAAAAACCUCGGUGGAAAGUUUGGAAAUAUGUUGUCAGAAAAACUUAACAUCGAAAAUAUGGGACAAUUGAGUCAAUUCAGUCAUAAAGAUUUAUCCAAACAUUUUGAUGAAAAAACAACAAAUUGGUUAUACAAUAUAGCUAGAGGAAUAGAUUCGGAACCCGUAACAACAAGAUUAGUUCCAAAGUCAAUAGGUUGUUGUAAAAGAUUUCCCGGAAAAAAUUGUCUAAUACUACCCGAAGAUGUCGAUCAUUGGAUAGGGGAACUAGCGCAAGAAAUAGCAGAGCGUUUGGAACAGGACUUUGAAGAAAAUAAUCGAAGAGCAAAACAAAUAAUCGUUAGUUUUACCCAAAAAAUCAAUUUUAAAGACGUAACUUCCUCGAGGACUCAAAGUUUAACUUCAUAUGAUUUUAAAAAAGUAAAACAGAUUGGUAUGGACGUUUUAAAUAGGCACUGUCUAAAGUCGGAUGGAAAUUACCAUAUUCUUUUUCUUGGAUUAAACGUUGGAAAUUUCGAGGACAAUAAAAAUGUUAGUAAGAUAACGUCAUUCUUUAAAAAUGGAACUGAAAACGUAAAAAACCCAGAAAUAGUUGAUUCUAAAGUUACAAAAAUUUUUUUCAAGGCUUUUCAAGGCCCCAGCUGUUCCACCAAAGAACAAAUUCAAGAAGAUAUAAUAACGAAUGAAGAAACUGAAAAGGCAGAUAAUAAGGAAGAUAAUGUUUCAAUUUAUUCAGUUUCCACAGUCGAUCUAGAAGAAGAUAUUGAUAACUUUAUAUAUUAUGAUGAUGUUUUUUGUAAAAAAGAUGACCUUAACAAAUCAGAGAACCCCUCACCAAGAAAAGACCGACCCGGUUCGUUUUUUAAACGAUAUUUUCACAAACCAGAAGAAAGGAACUUUGAUACUUCCAAGAUAUUUGAAGAAGAAAGCAGUGAAGAAGAAAAUUAUGAAAACAAUAUUACGGAACCUGAAGAAAACAAUGGUUUCAAACACUUUCAAUUUUGUGCAGAAUGCAACAAAAAAAUACCAGACAAUGAAUACCAAUCCCACAUUGAUUUUCAUUUUGCAGUAAAGGUUUCAGAUGAUAAAGUUUCAGAAAAUACUCAAAAUAAUACUGUUCAAAAAUGUAGCAUUCAAAAUAUGCUCAAAAAUGUAAAUAGCCAUAAUGAGUUAAUUGAUUUAUCCAAUGUAGAAAAAUGCCCCGACUGUAAUAAAUUAAUCCCUUUAAGUGAAGUUCAAUCUCAUAAGGAUUAUCAUUUUGCUCUAAAAUUAGUAAAAGAAGAAUCCCAUAUUUAUAAAACGAAACCUAGUAUAUUGAAUACAGAAAAAUAUACUACUGCUACCAAAACCAAAAACAAAAAAGUAGAAAAAUCCAAUAAGAAUUUAAAAAGAAAAGUUUCCGAAAUAAAAUCAAACAUUUCACUAAAAUCAUUUUUUAAAACAGAGGACCUAAAUAAUGACAAUUCCACAAUUUGCUCUACUUGUUGUAAAAGAAUAAAACUUGAAGAUUUUGGGAGUCAUGUUGACUUUCACGAGGCAAGAAAAUUACACAAUCAGUUAAAUUCUACCCCUACCACGCCAAGUAAAAAAGUUGAAAAACCUAAUACAAGCAAAGGCAUUGUGUCAUAUUUUAAACCUUAAACUGUGAUUUUUUAUUUAAGUUAAAUAAAUAUUCUAUUAAUAA